AUGGUUGGGGUUCACAAGCUAUGGACCAGGUGCACGCAGUGCCAGACAUGCGAAUGGAAAGCAGUGCUUGCUCGCCGCCACAAUCUCUGCAAGAGCUGCGGCGUGGAGGUCAAGCCCUUCCAGCGGCGCAAGCCGCGGCGAGUGCAGUUCUCAGAUGACCAGUGCAACGACAGUGACGCCGAGGGCUUCUACGACGCGACGA